AUGAAUGGCGCUAGAGCUCUUCCGAAGUAUUCAAAGGAUCAGAAUAAUACUGCACAGUUGGCUAAUGAGUUUAACAACUUUUACAUGGCAAUAUCUUCACCAAAGAUUUGUCAAAUUGGAAACUAUAGAAUAACAGAAGAAAUUGGUGAAGGUGCGUUCGGUAAGGUAUAUCUUGCCACCCAUGUGCUACUAAAUGUUAACGUGGUGCUAAAAUGUGGGUUAAUUGAUGAUCCUAAUAUUGUGAGGGAGAUAUAUUAUCAUAAACAACUAAAGCAUAAAAAUAUCGUGAGUCUUUACGAGGUUAUCAAAACAGAAAAUCAUCUAUGGAUCGCUAUGGAAUAUUGUGAAGGAGGUGAAUUGUACUAUCUAGUCUACGAAAGGAGGCGAUUAGAACUAAAUGAAUGUCGUCAUAUAUUUUUUCAAGUUCUCCUUGGAGUGCAAUUUGUUCACUCAAUGAAUUUAAGUCACCGUGAUUUGAAGUUGGAGAAUAUACUUUUAUCAGACAAGAAAAAGAGUUGUGUUAAGUUAACUGAUUUUGGAUUCAUAAGAGAGUUUAAUCCACACUCUAGAAGAUUUUUAUCGACAAUUUGUGGCACAACAGUUUACAUGGCACCGGAGUUAUUAUUGGGGCAGAAAUACUCGGGAUUUGCUAUUGAUGUAUGGUCGUUGGGAAUAAUUUUGUACACUAUGCUUUAUGGAGUGCUACCGUUUGAUGACGACGAUGAAAUGAAAAUAAAGACAAAGAUUAUUAAUGACGAUCCGACUUUUGCUGAUUUUGUUCCAGAAGAGGUAAAUCAAUUGAUUUUGAAGAUGUUAAGCAAAGAUCCAACAAAGAGACCAGGCAUCAGUGAGAUAUUGAACUCAUCAUUUUUAAUUGACGCAUAUAACAAGCAUUUAGAAAAGAAUCAGAAAAAGGCAGUUGGCGAUGGUGAGUCCAUCCUUUCGAUAAAUCAGCACUACAAUUACAUGCAGAAACCAUUUGACACAAGGAUAGAGCGUGAAUUGAUUAGGAAGUUGCAGAGAUUGAACGUUGACAUUGACGAACUUCAAGCAAGCAUAUAUAGCAAUGAAAUGAAUUCAUUGACUGCGUUUUAUGAGUUGUUGUUAACUCGAGAAUUUUCAAAAAAAAAGAAGCGAUACAUUAGGGACAAAAAAAGAAAGUAUUUCGAAGCAAGGAAUUCAUUAAGGAAGUCCCGUAAGAAAGUCAAAAGUGCUCUUUCCAUGUCAGAUCAAUUAUCUGGCUCACAACCGUUGGAGCGAAUAAUCUCAACCUUGAGCAUAACUUCCAACAAAAACUCAAGCAAAACAAAUUUAAACCGAUUGUCAACAUACUCAAAAAAAUCGGGGGACAAUAUUGAUUUGCGCAAUCUGCCUAGAUCUCAACAGAAUGCUCGUUUUAGUAUUGAUCGUGAUCAUUCCAAUCGAAAUUCUGUGGGUGAAAUAGGACGGUCCGACAUGACGGUGCAUUCUCAAGCGAUUUCACCAACCUCUACCAAAAUUGAUGCUCCAUUACAUAGAAUUGUUUCUUUUGUACCACAGGAAAGAAGACCUUCCGAUGCUGCAUCAACUGGAGAAUCACUAAAGAAGCAAAACAAGGGUGGGAAAAUCUUGAACAAGUUGCAAUUUUGGAAAAAGGAUAAGAACGGGAACGACGGGGAUAAAGAUGAUUCAACUUCAGUUGUAAGUAGAAAAUCGGAAAAGUAUGAGAAUGACACUGGUAGUGGUAAUCUGGAGUUGCAAUUACAACAAAGCCCCCAACGAUUCGAUCGUAGCCAAACUUCAUUCGAGGUGGGAGAUUCUGAACAAGUACCAGUAACUACGGGGUCCGAUACUAGACAGGCUGAAGGUGAACUAGAACCAGCUGUGGAAGUACAAGCGUCGGGAUCAAAUCAUUUGACCCCAACAUCUGGUGAUGGGAGAGGACUAACCAGGACCCGUCCUUCGUCGAUGAUUUCUCAAAUUAGUCAAAUUAGUAGAUUGAGUCAGUUAUCAACAAUGUUGUCCGAGUCGGAACUAGACAUAUUAGAUGAGACUGAUACUUUAGAUGACGAUGAUGACGAAGAUGAAGCAUACGAUUCCAGUAUCAGUAUGUCUCAAGAUGGAAGAUCAUCCACCGGAAUGGUGUCAGGAAGUAGUCGAGUUCCAACCAAGAAGAGACCUAGCUAUCGAAGAGGCAUGUCCUCAGAUCAAUCUAUUCAAUCAGUUUCGACUACAGGUGGUCAAUCCACUGUUAAAAAGAAACUGUCCAUGUCACGAGUCACAAGUAACUCAUCUGAUGACACCCCCAGUGAAUCAAAAUAUGCUGAUGAAGUACCUCCUAUGAAUGGAGACACCAAUGCUCACUCUCAAUUUAUGGUUAAAAACCGUCCAUCAAGUCUAGUUACACCUACUCCUGUCCUACAUAGUAACUCCAUACAUCCUAAUUUCAACACCAACGAAAUUGAUAGACUACAAGGCUACCGGUCUCAUUCACCACCAUUCAACUUCAAGCAAAACCAGAAAUCAAUGCCUCGUAGUGAUGCCAAAAUGAAUCGAAAGUUGAUGCCACCUACAUUUGCUAAUAAGAACAAUAGUGUCCCACACAAUUAUCAGGAUACAAAACAGGUAAACGAUUGGCUAAAUAAUCCACUAACCAAUAAUACUGGAUCUCACGGGUAUGCCAAUAAAACCAUGUAUGGACCUAUCAUUGAUGAAGAGGAUGAAGAUGAUGAAGUAUAG